GGUUAGGACACGUCUACAUUCUGCAUAUAAACAACUCGGCAGGCUAAAAGUGAAACUAUUGCUAUACAAUUGUAACUCCAUAGCAGCCUAACAUAUUCCCACUUCACAAACAUUGAAAAUACUUCAUUCAAAAUAGAUUACAUCAUAACCAUGGAGACACUGAACGAAAUUGAUCACCUCCAAUCGUCUGGCUUUGGUAGACCCCGGCCUAGACACGGCCUUCAACUCCUUCACUGGUUCUCCAACGACUAUGUCACAUUCAACAACGACAGCGAGAUGGUGACAGUGCGCAACCCUAAGAAGAAGGCGUUUGGCUUCCACCGCUUCUUUGACAACAUAGAGGAGCAUGAUGGCCAAUGUAACCAACUGCUACCAGACCAGGACUUACCGUACUACGAAGUGGGCAAUCUGAAUGCUGCAAAGUCUGAGGACCUACCGCAUGAUGUCCGCAAAAACCACACAGGACACAAUAACGACAGCAACAUAGACCGGAUCAUUAUCAGCCUCCAGUCAGACCGUGUGUUGGACAGAAUCUACGUGACCCAACAUGAUCAUCACAGAGGUGCUUUUGACCCCCAGCACACCUAUCGCAUCAGUAAGGGGUUGAUCAGUAUCAUCCGUAAUCUGGACCUGGAUGAUCUCCUGGAGCAGACUGGAUACGCACUUCCUUGUCCUUCCUCCAUGGACACACUUAACGAAAUGAGACACCUCCAGUCAUCUGGCUUUGGUACACCUCGACCUAGACACGGCCUCCAUCUCCUUCACUGGUUCGCCCACGACUACAUCAAAUUCAACAAAAAGGGUGAAAUGUUGACAGUGAGCAACCCUGAGAAGAAGAUGUUUGGCUUCCACCGCUUCUUCGACAAAAUAGAGGAGCAUGAUGGCCAACGUAACCAACUGCUACCAGACCAGGGCUUACCAUACUACGAAGUGGGCAAUCUCAAUGCCCCUGGGUCUAGGAACAUACCGCGUUAUGUCCGCAAAAACUACACAGGACACAAUGACGACAGCAACAUCGACCGGAUCAUUAUCAGCAUGCAGUCAGACCGUGUGUUGGGCAGAAUCUACGUGACCCAACAUGAUCAUCACAGAGAUGCUUUUGACCCCCAGCACACCUAUCGCAUCAGUAAGGGGUUGAUCAGUAUCAUCCGUAAUCUGGAGCUGGAUGAGCUCCUGGAGCAGACUGGAUAGUCUUUAGACGUUUCCCACCUGGCCAAUGCGCAUUUCGACAGAGGCAUCGUACACAUAAUUAUUCUUUAACCUCAUUUCUGAUGGUCAAAUCCAAGAUCUCUAACCGAAUGAUUUAUUUUCUUACAAAUUUAUACUAGGCAUGGGUAUGACAUCGUGUCUUCGAUAUUCCCCAUACAUGAUGUAUUGUAGGAAAUUGUGAAUGUUUUUAUUUAGAUAAAGGGCCUUGUUUUCAGAUGUUUCACAUCCUGCCACGUUUUUUUUUUCUUUUUUUCCCCCCAACCAUUUCACCUGUGUGGUGGAAUUUCUACCUUUAACUAAUAAUGAGGAGAGGCAAAGUCAACAAUCAAUCAAGGUAUUACUUUUAUUAAAAACGUAUUAUAAUCAGGAGGCUGGUCACACCACCCACGCAGGUGAAAUGGAGUGGGAGCCUCCUGUACAAAGAGUACAGGAACAUUUAUAUAGUCAAACUACCCCAAGCAAGCAUCUGCAAAACACGUGAUCCUAUGUAUGUGUUUGUGUGUGUGAGGGGAGAAAACUGGGUGAAAAGGUUGCCUCAGUCUUUCGCAACUGAGAGAGGACAACAGCCAGAAUGACAGGGAGUCACUCCAGAUAUACUUCCUCUAUGUAUGGUCGUACUGGCCACACACACAGAACACACACACACACAAAACAUGAAUAUUUCGCCCAGAAACAGGCUCCAAAUAGAUUAAUAGCUUUAUCACUGGUGUGCAGAAUAUAACACGUUCCUCUGUCUCCAGUUAAGCUAAAAGGAACCAGUUAGUUUCUGUCAGAUCUUGGCUGAGCGCCCAGGUAUCAUGGGGUCAUUCUACACACACAGAACAGUUAGAUCGGGCCUCUUAUUAAUACACACACACUUUUCUAUCUUAUAUGAGUUACUUUCUUUAACUAUCUCAAGCCCAAUGCCUAGGCUUAAAGAAGGAUAUUUUAGUACACAAGCAUUAGUAAGGUUCAACAGAAAAUGCCCUCACACCUGCAAUAGUUAUUGCCACACUAGUCGGAACUAGGAAACUGUAGUUAUACACGUGCUGCCAGUAGUCAUUGUAGCAUGUAAAUCUUAGUGGAGCAAACACAAAAUGUUUUUAUAGAUGCAUGCCAGCAAAGCCACUACACAACACUAAACAAUACAUUAAUUGCACUAUAACGGUGAAAACGGUGACCGCAACUGUUUGGGCCUCACCAGCAGUCCCAACACAAUACCACUGCUACACCUGGCUAUCAGCGGAGCCUUGUCUGGCAGCGAAACAGUUCAUUCAGCCUCAUUUACAGCCUUUAAAAAAAACAUAGCUGAUAUGGCUGACUUGCUUAAACAAAUGUGGUUUCUACAGACAAUUAAGUCUUUUGAAAUGUACAGCGACAGAAUUCAGAACAUGGGCCCUUGUUACAGUAAUCUCCCUGUACACCAAGUCAGAACCGUAGGAUAAAUAAAGACAGCUCAUAAGCAGACAAUGAAAGCUCUUACAAUAUUUUAUGACAUGACAUGACAUGACAUUUUUCAAAAACAGGCUAUAGGCUACGUCUGCACCACCAAGUCAGAACAGUAGGCUAAAUUAUGAACAGCUUACUACACAACAUACACUUAGUAUUACUUUCUUAGCUGCAGGAUACAUAUCUCCCUGUCAUAUUACAUAAUUUAUGCAGCAGCAUACAAUACUUUUUUUGACUCACCCUGUUCUACUGUGAUCACUGGAACUCUGGUGGUCCUUUGUGGGUAAAUUUUGUCAUCAAACUUUGCCAUCAAAGUCUGGCAUUCUCUGGAUGUAUGGUGCUUUCAGACAACUGGGGGAAAAACAAAGUUGAAUCAUUACGCCAGUGAUCUUCAGGUUGGAGCUCUCUAAAGAGGCCCGAGUUCCCGACUUGGAAUUCCGAGUUUAAUGACCGUUCAAAACGUAUUUUCCCUGAGGAGCUCGUUUUCCCAGUUGUCUUGAACUCACUGAAGUCUGACAUUUCCCAGUUCUGAAUUUCCAGUUGUUUGAUUGCGGCAGACGUCAUGCUGGACAGCAUGGCCCAUGUUGAAUGUUUAUCCUUUUAAGCUUGGAAAAGAAACCCUUAAACUGAGACUUGGACUACACACCCACUACACUGAGUAGCAGGCUUGUGAUUUAUUUGCAGUUAGCCACUGAUUCCUUCCAAACCACUUAUUGUUGAAUUUUUCUAAUUCCAACUUGUUGUGUAAUGUUAAUGUCCAAUGGUCGAUGAGCACCGAUAAGUUUUAUCUAUCAUUUCUCUUCAUAAUUUCUUUUCAUAUGACAAGGAUUGAAAAGGAUUUUCAAGUCAAUUAUUGACUUGAUUCAUGAUGAUGACUGCUAGCUUGCUACUAAGAUCUUGAAAGUAUGAUGUUGUCAUGAUCAGUCCAAUCAAAGCUAUGGUAGAGAUAACAUGAUUUGACGUCAUUUUAUCUGUGGCCCAUGACCUUGAGCCUUCUUGGAUGGGCACCUAUAAUGUAUGGCAGCAUCGAAGGGGCUUGAAUUUUCAAGCUCUCCCCGUAGAUUUUGCUGUGAUGUGUUGUCCCCAUGAGUGACAGGACACUGAGCCAAUCACGGCGCAACUAGAGAACAUUACCAACCCCUACACUUCGUAUUUUCCGCUGGCUGCCCCACCACCACAGACUGCACUGAGCUAGGCUGAAACACCUGCAUUUUGGAGCAGCCUUACUCAAGAAAACAAAAAAAGAGACCAUUUUGUAUGCAGAUUUAUUAACAAUUUAUUUUAUUUACAUUGUUUGCAAACUGUUAUGUGACACGUAUCAAUGCCAAAAUAACAUGCAAAACAUGCAUGCUAAACAGGUGAGUCUCAAAACAGGUGGUUCUCUGCACCACCUGCCCUGAAUGAUGGGUUGCCACUGCGUGCUGCAUUCAAACAAUUAGCAAGUCAGAAAUGUCUGAGUUUCCUAGUUCCGACAAGCACGUGAACACGGCAUAAGUGUGUGUGUGUGGAGGGAUAAAUGUUUCUAAUAAAAUAAUUGAUUAGUUAAUGAGUUGUUUUUUAUUUAAAAUGUUUAGUACAAAAUGUUGAAUGUAUCAACAGUCUCAAAACAUUCCAAAACCAAUGCCUGGGAAAUUCUGGUUUCUAACGUGAAAACAUCAACACCACACUUUGAACAACAGCCUAUACUGUACUGUUUGACCAUUAUAUCAUUAUUCAAAUUAAAUAAAAACUUAUUUACAUAGAAUAAUGUUUUACAAAAGUAAAUAAAUGAUCCAUUUAUCUGAAACCUGGGUCGUUCCCACCAAUUAGGUGCCUUUUGAGUAGUGUAACCUAAUUUGAAAACUCACGUGUUCAACUUAACUCCUUAAAGUCUAAGGGGCCCCGGUGGAAGUCACACAACCAGUGCUGGACAUGGAGCCAACAUGGAGAACCUAACUUGCUAUUUAUCAAACUUUUCUAUCUCUGCAAUUUUGUGUUUGCCAAACUCACGGAAGUUUCUUGCUGACCAAGAUCUGUUUUAUUUCAGUAACUGUAACUAAAGUCUAAGGGCCCGGGACUGGGUUUCUACUAAGCUAACAUAUGGAAUUAUUUUAAGAUGUUCAUACCAAGGAUCAUUUAGCUAUUUCAAUUUUUAUGUAUCAAAAUAUAUUUAGGAAAUUAUUUAAUGAAACAUUGAAUUUGGCCUAACUGCUAUUAGCCCAUAGAAACACAUGAAUUAACAGAUUCUGACAUGGAAAAACAGUCAAAAAUAAAUCUAAAGGAGUUAUGUUUUUGAAGUGUCUGUGCUAUAUCUGAGAGAGAUAAGAAAACUCAUUAAAAAAAACAAUAAUUAGUGUAAUUACCCGUAUACUUUUCACGUGGAAAUGCCUUAUCCACUUCCAUUAAUUUUUUUGUCCCGGUACAGGGACACCUUCAGAUGUGUCCCAAGACGGCUUGUGGGGUUGUAGAGCAAAACACCAUCAUGCUCAUGAGAGUCUUA